AUGGUUAGAAGGGACCUUAUUGUUCAACGAUCUGUGGAUGAGAACCAGCUGAACUCUGUCUGUGACAUUUUACCUCUGCUGAAUGAAGUCGGAUUGUUGAAGACUGUCACGAACAUCUGCCCAUACUCUAAGCUUCUCACGUAUGAAUUAUAUUGCAAUCUCAAUGACGAGAUUGACAUCCUAACUGGGCCACGACCGAUGCAGAUUUUCAUCAGAGGAAGGUGGUACGUUUUUGGGCCGGACAUGAUCAAUGAAUACUAUGGUUUGACUGCUGUGCAAGAAGACCCUAUCACUGACUGGAACUUGGUGGCCAGAACUCUUACUGGUGGACAGACAGAAUCUUGGCCUACAGGAGAUAAGGACUAUCUGCAGAGCUCGCAUCUCACAUCCAGAUAUGUGAUUUUACAUCGCUUGGCCCUUCACAACUGGCUCCCAUCAGCUCAUUUCCACACGGUUGGCAAGCUACUGGUAGGCUUCUUAUUUCGAAUUGGAACAAAGAUGCCAAUUGAUCUGGGAAAAUGGAUUUACUAUCACAUCCUUACCUUGAUUCAUCCACGGGAACAGAAGGUAAGACUACCCUUCCCAAAUCUGAUUUUUGGCAUUCUUACCACUCAGGGUCUUGAGCCUAUGCCCAGUGAAGUGAUCAGUCCAACGCUGCUCUAUACUGUUGAUAAACGACUGCUGACUGGAGAUCACUUUCGGGAUGUUGUUCCUGUGACUGCCCCAUCCAAUUCUGAACCUGAUGCUGUGUCUGAUGACUCUCCUCAUGCUAAGGAUGUUCAGCUUUCCAUACAGUUGAAGGCAAGGGUCGCUGAUCUUGAGACAGUACAUAGCAUUAUUGCAAAGCAACUGACAGGGGCCCGUACUGAGCUGGCAACCGUUCUUCUUCGUUUAAGCCUAUCUGAAUCUGCUACUGCUGCUGAUCCUGCGAAGUCUGACAGUGACACUCCUCCAAUGCUUGACCUUUGGCUAUCAUUGGCAAAAAGGGGGAGUAGUAUGAACUCAGGGGGAGUUUUUUGUGUUUGA